AGCAGCUUCAGACAGCAUCAACAUGAACUGCAGCGUGCACCACAGAGUGCUGCUCAGUUACGGAAUGGAGAAGAGGCUAGACCCAGUCACUCUGCAGCUCAUCUGGGACUUUGUCAAAGCAAAGGAGCAAUUGCUGAAGUCACCUUACUUUCCAGUGCUGUUUUCUUUUACAGUUUACAUGACUUUCUGUCUUCCUUACGUUGCACUGGACUUCUUAAGCACUAAAGUACCAGCUGUGAGAAAAUACAAAAUCCAGUCUCUGAGUUAUCCAACUCUGGGAAUGAUGGUACCUUGUAUGAUUCAAUGUGUCUAUCAUCACGUUGUCUUUAUCUUCCCAGCGACACUUGCUCAUUGGUACUGGAGACCAGUGGAUAUACCAGUAAUGGCUCCAGAGCUGCCGAGGGUCCUGCUGGAUGUAACUGUUUGCCUGCUUCUCUUUGACUUCCAGUAUUUUCUGUGGCAUUUGCUUCAUCAUAAGGUGCCUUGGCUCUACAAGACUUUUCACAAGGUUCAUCAUAAGCAUGUAUCUACGUUUGCUCUUACCACACAGUACUUAAGUGUUUGGGAGUUACUUUCACUGGGAUUUUUUGCUGCCAUAAAUCCAGUGUUGCUGAACUGCCAUCCUUUGACAGAAAUGAUUUUCUUCCUUGUUAAUAUCUGGCUGUCAGUGGAGGAUCAUUCAGGCUAUGAAUUUCCAUGGUCAACAAACAGACUGAUGCCAUUUGGCUUGUAUGGAGGAGCUCCGCAUCACGAUCUCCAUCACCUGAAGUUCAAGUGUAACUAUGCUCCUUACUUCACCCACUGGGACAGACUAUUUGGAACACUUGGUCGGGCACAUUCACAACGAUAACAGGGAAUUCGUCUGUUACCUAGCUAAUUUUGUACAGCUAAUAAAUUAAGAUAAUAUUUUUUUCAGAGCCACAGAAAUAUAUAGUACGGAAUAUAUAAAUACACCUCUACCUCGAUGUAACAUAACCCGAUAUAACACGAAUUUGGAUAUACUAUGGUAAAGCAGUGCUGCGGGGGUGGGGCUGCGCAGUCCGGUGGAUCAAAGCAAGUUCGAUAUAACACAGUUUUACCUAUAACACGGUAAGAUUUUUUGGCUCGCGAGGACAGCGUUAUAUUGAGGUAGAGGUGUAUAGUGUGAAAACCUUUAUAACAAAUCUAAUUUAAUGUCUAUAUAUAUUUAUGGAAUUGCAUUUGUAAUGUCUGUUACUACUUAUUUGGAAACAAUGUCACAUUAUAAGGAAAGCAUAAGAGACAAUUGCUGCCUUCUUUCCUUUGAAUAUGCUAGCUUUUAUAAAGCAUAUUGUGCUACUGUGUUUUAUACAUACAGAGAAAUAUUUUCUUGCUGUUAUAGGAGGACUUGUGAUAUGAAUAGAAACAACACAAUUUCUUAGACUUCUUAAAGCACACUUAUUUAAAAAAGGUUGCUGCUGGAUGGCAUUAAAUGUCUAAUCUGAUUCUGUUUUUCUUUGCAAGAAUUUGGAUCUUUAUAUUGCAUACCCCCAUAUAUGCUCUAUUUUUUUAA